AUGGACGCCAUGAGCCGAGCCUUACGAAGGGCUGCUCGGUCACCAUUCUCAGAUGAAAUUGAACGGGCCCCUAUGCCGAGUAGAUUUACAAGACCGCCAUUCAAUUCCUACGACGGGAAGACGGACCCUGUGGAGCAUGUCAGUCAUUAUAUCCACAUGAUAUCCUUACAUGCACACAAUGAUGCCUUGAUGUGUAAGGUAUUCCCCUCCAGUCUCGGCUCCACCUCCCUGAGAUUGUUCAAUGGGUUACGAAAAGGCUCCAUUCGUAGCUUUGCUGAGUUGAUUCAAGAGUUCGGUAGUAGAUUCGUGACAUGCAAUCGAGUGCCGCAGCUGGUGGAUGCGCUACUUUCCAUAAAGAUGAGGGUCGGUGAAACGUUUCGAAGUUACGCCAGCCGGUACUGGGAACUCUACAACGAGAUCGGUGGAGGAAAUGAGAAGAUAGCGGCAAGCACCUUCAGGAUGGGGCUCCCCGAAGAUUCUGAGUUACGGGAGUCAUUGAUGAAAAGACCUCCGGAGGAUAUGAGGCAACUUAUGAGGCGCAUUGAGGAGUAUAAACGCCUGGAAGAUGAUCGGCUGUAA